CUCUAGAGAAUCACAGGCAAUGGCUCCUCUUGAGUUAAUCCUCAUUUUUGUGCUUCAGUUUGAAGUGGGCAACAGUCAAGAAGACCUCUUUCCCUUCUACCACCUUGAUCAAGAUGUGACUCUGCCCUGUGCCACUCUAUAUAUACCUGAACAGUGCUCCUGGGUUUCAUGGCUUUAUAACAGAAAUUCAUCAGGUACUUUUUUUGAGGCAAGGGGUGGAAAGAUUGAGGAGACGUCACCCCGAGCUGACAGGCUGAGUUUGGACUCAGACUGCUCUUUGGUCAUUAAAAACAUCACUGCUGAGGAUGUUGGUGUCUACACUUGUCGGCUGAAUAAUACUCAUCAGUACGAUGUCGGUGUGUGUUUAAGUCUUCUGACAGUCACUCAGCUUCCAGCAGACUCUGAUCAAACGAGGAACAAUGAAGUCACAUUGGAGUGCUCUCUGUUGAGAUAUGACAAUCUCUGCCCUCAUCGAUCAAACGGCCUCCGCUGGGUAAACGAGACAGGAACUGAGGUUACUGAAGGUGUCCAAAAGUUUUCCAGAAAUGCAGAUUGGGUCUCUCAUCUGAAGGUGAAGAAUCAGAGUGGAGACAACAGGAAAUUCACCUGCCAGUUUGUUCAGAGGAAUAAAGUGGAGAUACAGGCUGACUACCCACCUGACCUCACAGAUCCUGAUCCUGGUUCUAAUCCUGAUCCUGGUUCUAGUCCUGAUCCUGGUUCUAAUCCUGAUCCUGGUUCUAAUCCUGGUCCACCAACUAAAGCCUCACUCUGGUCUUCUCUGAGCUACAUCAUGCUGGCUCUGCGUUUUUCAGCUCUCAUCUUAAUGAUCGUGACCACAGCUUUGGUCUUCAGCCUCAGAGGCUACAUCAAAUCACUGCACAAAGGAAACAAUGUGCAUGAGGAAGAUGAUGAGGAUGUCAUCGAACUCACCUAUGAAAAUGUAGAAGCACGCCCUCCUGCUGCUGAAGUGCACUGAUCAACAACUUCUGGAUCAACUUUAACUCACAAGAACGUUGAGCGUCAUCGGAGUCAUUCUUCUGAUCGAUCCAAGCUUUGAGUUAAAAUGACAUGAAUGUGAUUUUAGUGGCUAUUUGUCCAAGAAAUGUUAAUAACGUUUAAAUCAAACAUGAUCAGACGGUCACUGAGGCACAGCAGGGAUGUGCUGUACGCAGACAAAAUAAGUCUUUUGUCCAUGCAAGGGAUCAACAUUUUUACAUAAUUUUAUCCAAAAUCAAGCAAGCAAACAAAAAAAGAAAAUCAUGGCUCCUGCUGCUUUAAACCAUGGGCCCACCCAGGUGCAUGCUGGUCCUCUAGAGCUGCAAAUCUACCUACAGUAUAUAACCUCAGGUGCCUACAGUGUUACCCGAUCACCAAGCAAAACAAAAUAUAGAAAUGAUGCAACAACAAAACAUACUACACAAAUAGCAGGCAAAAGUACAGAAGUGUUAACAUGUCUGGUUUUCUCUGAUAUGAGUGAAUUACAGUCGUUUUCUUGAGGUCUUGACAAAUUAACUCCAUAUCACAGAGUUGCCAUUUAGAGAUAUCGACAUAAAUAAGACGAAAAUCUUGGAAAAUUAUUGGAAAUAUCGAAUCAUCAGGAAAACAGAGUCAAAAAAUAAAUAUGUAUCUGUCCACUUCCGUACAUAAGACAAUAUGAUCAAAAAUCUCAUCUUAAUCAAGCUCAAGUUUAGGAUUUUCAAAUAAAUAUUAUUGGUAAAUUAAUAAAUACUCAACUAGAAAAAAAUCUCCUGUAGGGAUGAUUAUUUGAUUAUUUUAUGUUUAAGAUAUAAUAUUUUUUUUUUUGUUUUUUUACUUCUUCAAAUUUAAAUAUGUCAGGAUUUUACAGUGCCAACAACAAGCAGAUACAGGGGUGUGUCCAGACUUUUUUAACUGGGGUGUCCCCCCUGAGGUACUGACUUAUUUAAUAAAAUUUGGCAACAUAUGAAUCUUCUUAGCAUGAUUCUUUAGGGACUCUAAAACCAAGAUGUUUGUGCAAAGUCACAAUUUUAAGUCCUUAGAAAAUUGCAUACAAAUGCUUGUAAUCCGACAUAUCUCCAUUAAUGCCUGUCCUGAGGUCCGUAAUAAAGUAUGUCUAAUACAACUUUUAAAUGUAUAUGCUGUAUAUAUAUUCACACAGAUGAUGCCUCCUAGUGUUAAACCUAAGGAAGUGCAUCAUCCAGUAGUUUGGAAUAUGUGUUUGGAGAAUAUCAAAAUGAUAAAGACAAUCUGACUGUAUAUAAUAUAUUACCAUAUUUUAGAAAACUAACAUCACUCACAAUGUCUUAAAACUAGAAAAGGUUUAUUUCACAAUUAACAUCGACUGAAUCUAAGGAAAUAACCUGUUGGCUAGUUACCAGCCUGUUAGCUAAGCUAGCAAGCUGUCAUACUGUCUCUCCGAAGUCCACCUCAAAAGUUAUAUUUUUAUAAAUGUGUUUGAAGCAAAUUGUGGCGUUUAUUGUUGUUGUUUUUUAUUAUUAUUAUUUCGUGCUCAGGGGAAACUUACAUUUAAAUAAAGUAGUAUGAUAAAUGGUCAGUUACAAAGAAAACAGUUAAGAAAAAGAAACGAGUAAGGGUAGUCAAAUAUGGUGGUUAAUCAUAUCCUGGAAAAAGAAGGUAUAAGGCUGAUAUGCAGUCAUAGAGCAGUUAAUAUCUGCACAAUUCAUAUAACGUGACGAUCAAGUUUAUACAUAUACAAAAGUUGUAGCUUAUAGUGCAACAAAGCCAGAGUAUAGGCGCUUGCUGUUUGUCUGUAUGUAAACAAUGUUUUUGUCAAAAGCGGCCUUAAAAUCCUUCAAUAAACUCAACAUUUAUGAACAA